CCCCUUCAUUCAUGAGCAAGUCCGGUCUGUCUCUACGACAACAGGACGUAAACAGAUGGGGUAUCACUGUCACCGCUGAAGCCAUUCAAGUGCCACUUACAACUGUGCCAAGGCGAGAGCUGAUGAAAAUCUGAUCACAGAUUGAAGCAAGAUUGACAUCCUUCACUAUGCCCACCAGGAAAUCAAGAUCCCACAGUUCUAAGUCUGCCAAGAAGACUAUGAGCCCAAAGACACCUAAAAAGAGGUCCUCAUGCAGUGCCAAAGUCACCACAACAGAAGUGGACAUCCUCAGCCCAGCAGCCAUGGAGAAUAUCUACUACAUUGCUCACAAUGCAGCAGACUGCCUGGAGUUCAGAGGAUUUGGAUGGCCAAAUUCAAAGAAGAAAAAGAAGGGGACAAAACGAAAGAAGAAAAACUGAAUCAUAAAUUUUGCCAAAGAGAAUUUUAACUGCCUUCC